AUGAACAAUACGGAUACGGUGCUUCGUCUCUCUCCACCAUUUCCAUUGACCCUUCGCCCUACCUUCAACGACCCUUUCAGAUGGUCCUUCGAGCACAAGACAGAGGCGAAUCUACUGCCCGCGUUCGCGGGUGUGGCGCAUGGCUAUGCUCUUGAAUACUUCUUCGGCAAGCCCUUCGACACCAUCUUCGAGAAUUCAUUUUGGAAGUUCACCGCGCAAGAGGGCGUUCUGUCGCAAGCAGCCAUGAAGGAAUUGGGCAGUUUCGUCAAAGGCGCGUAA